AUGGCGCGAGUUCCUUUUAUCGGGAGACUGUUAUGGUUCGAGUAUCUGGCCCUCUUUGGGUCAUUGAUCCUUGUUCUACUUGAGACAAUUAUUCAUUUGAUAACCUGGUGUCUACCAAGCCCGAUCAUCAGAUUUUGUUAUGCUCAAUCCAAAUCAGUCUUCAACUACUUGAUUCCGAAUGAAUCCCGCCAGAAGCGGACGAAAGAAGAGCAAUUUGCCAGCUCUAUUGCAAAUGCAUCCGACUUCACGGAGAUCUGCGCUCUCUUCGGAUAUCAAGCCGAAGAGCACAUUGUACAAACGAACGAUGGUUAUCUCCUUGGACUACAUCGGCUGGCAUACCGGAAAGGAGAAGAGGACAUGCGCGUCAACCAGGGUCCCAAUGGGCUCAGGAAGAAAAUUGUCUACCUUCACCACGGACUGCUUAUGUCAAGUGAGGUGUGGGUAGCUUUGACAGACGAGCAGCGUUGUCUGCCCUUCCAGUUGGUGGAAAAGGGAUACGAUGUAUGGCUGGGGAACAACCGCGGCAAUAAAUACUCCAAGAAGUCGAUUCGAUUUUCGCCAGGUUCCAAUGAGUUCUGGGACUUCUCGAUUGACCAGUUCGCCUUCUCUGAUAUCCCCAACAGCAUCGAGUACAUCCUCGAGGUUACAGACCAGCCCUCCUUGUCAUACAUCGGGUUCUCCCAGGGCACAGCGCAGGCAUUCGCUACACUCGCUAUUCAUCCAUUGCUGAAUCAGAAGGUCGAUGUCUUCGUGGCUCUUGCACCGGCAAUGGCCCCCUCGGGUCUGCGCAACCGCAUCGUUGAUUCACUGAUGAAGGCCUCUCCAGACUUCUUAUUCUUACUCUUUGGCCGACGCAGCAUCCUAUCGUCGACAACGAUGUGGCAGACGAUACUGUACCCGCCAAUCUUUGUGCGCAUCAUCGACACAGCUCUCCGGGCACUGUUCAACUGGAAGUGUCGCAACAUUGAGCAGACCCAGAAGCUAGCUGCGUACUUGCAUCUCUACUCCUUCACGAGCACGAAGUCUGUCGUGCAUUGGUUCCAAAUCAUCCGGAACAAAAACUUCCAAUUCUACGAUGAUGAGGUGUAUGCCCCAUUCAAUGUGACUGCCACUGAGCGUUUCUACAAGCCGGUCAAGUACCCUACUCGCAACAUCAAGACUCCCAUUGUCCUUCUAUAUGGCGAUAGCGACAGCCUCGUCGACAUUGGCGUUAUGCUGAAAGGGCUGCCACACGGCACUACGGCGCAACCGAUCCCAACUUACGAGCAUCUGGACUUUUUGUGGGCCUCCGACGUUGACCGCCAAGUGUUCGGCUAUGUGUUCGAUGCGCUCGAGACUCACAGCCGGGGUGGCCCUGUCGUUGACCGCACUAGCCAGGGUGGGACUGGCAAACACGGUUCGUCAAAUGAUGAACGUGUUUCCAACACAUCGGCAGCCCGAAAAAACCACGUCUCGCCCAAUUAA